CUGACAGCACGUGACCUAGCCGAGACCAACCAGAGACGUUUGCAGUUUCUGCACUGUUUCACCAACUGCCUCGUUCUACCACCAAGAAAAAAAAAAUCAAAUAAAAAAGACUUCCGACUAGGCAUUAAGAGGAAACACGAACCUCGUCUUUGUCUUUUUUUUUUUUUUUUUUUUUAACUGGAUCUAGCAAUUGCAACCUUGUAUUAUGGAUAUUAUUAUGGCCUUUGAAAAGUAAAUAUUGGUGGACCCAGAAAUCACCGGGAGGUGAUCUAUUGAUAGUGGACUCGGAUAGUCCUUUUUCCUUCUCUCUGUCUCCGUGUCCACUCUCUCUGUCACUCUCCCUAUCCUCAUUGUUACUCCUCGUACGGAGUUAUUUUUUCUUUUUUUCUUUCUUUUUUUUUUUUUUGAGGCUGGAUUAUCACAGGGCAAGGAUCCGGCUGCUUGCUGUUAUGGAUUUCAAUAGAAGCUCGGGUGGAGGCAGCAAUCUCCACAACCAGCACCAGACAGAUGAAGGCAAGCCGUUGCUGGGUGAGGUGUCUGCUCCUGGACCACCGGACGGGAAUAAAAUGGGAGCAGGUCUGGGUCGGAGAGCCUUGCUCCACUGCAACGGGAUGCGGUAUAAACUACUUCAAGAAGGGGACAUACAGGUUUGUGUCAUCCGACACCCCAGGACCUUUCUCAGCAAGGUCCUCAGUUCCAAAUUCUUGAGGCGAUUGGAACCCCACCACUUGACCCUGACGGAUAAGAGUCUGGCUUCUGCCACUCCGACCGGUUAUAUGGAAAACGCCAUCUCUUACAGCGCCAUAGAGGACGUUCAGCUGCUGUCCUGGGAAAACGCACCCAAAUACUGUUUACAGCUCACUAUCCCGGGAGGGACUAUACUGCUGCAGGCUGCCAACAGUUAUCUCCGGGAUCAAUGGUUUCACUCACUGCAGUGGAAGAAAAAGAUCUACAAGUACAGGAAGGUUCUGAGUAACCCGAGUCGCUGGGAGGUGGUUCUGAAGGAGAUCCGGACCCUGGUGGACAUGGCGCUCUCCUCUCCUCUGCAGGACGACUCUAUCCACCAGGCUCCCCUGGAGAUAGUCUCCAAACUGCUCUCAGAGAAUACAAAUCUAAGUACACUGGAACAUGAAAACAUUAUAGAGGCAAUCGCACCCCUGCUGGAAAACAACCACCCACCUCCAGACCUCUGUGAAUUCUUCUGCAAGCACUGCAGGGAACGCCCCAGGUCUAUGGUGGUGAUAGAAGUGUUCACACCUGUGGUACAGAGAAUCCUCAAACACAAUAUGGAUUUCGGGAAAUGCCCUCGGUUGCGGCUCUUUACUCAGGAGUACAUACUGGCACUGAACGAGUUAAACGGUGGAAUGGAGGUGGUGAAAAAAUUCAUUCAGAGCAUGCACGGACCAACUGGACAAUGUCCUCAUCCCAGGGUCCUGCCAAACCUUGUGGCCGUCUGCUUAGCCGCCAUUUAUUCCUGCUACGAAGAAUUUAUCAACAGCCGAGACAACUCUCCCAGUCUCAAAGAGAUUCGUAACGGGUGCCAACAGCCGUGCGAGCGCAAACCACUGCCACUGCGUCUCAUGAGGACCAACCCUGACCUAGUGUCCCAGGAGGUCACCUCGCCCAUUGAGACCCGCAUCAAGAUCGUCAACUCCAGCGAGGUCCACGUGGACCUGGAGCGCAACAACGUGGUCAAUCAGAAGCUGAAAGGGCCGGCGGGGGGCAGCGAGAGUGAGCCCAGCCUGAUCGACUGCCUGCUGGUGAGCCCGGCCUGCAGCACUAUGAGCAUCGAGCUGAGCCCCCAGGCCGACCGUGUGCUCGUCUGCUACGUCGAGAUCCUCAAAAUGCUGUCUGACUAUGAUGACUGGAGACCAGCUUUGGCCAGCCUGCUGCAACCUAUUCCCUUUCCUAAAGAGGCUCUUGCACAUGAAAAAUUCACAAAGGAAUUAAAAUAUGUAAUUCAGAGGUUUGCUGAGGAUCCCAGACAGGAGGUCCACUCAUGCUUGCUGAGUGUCCGUGCUGGCAAAGACGGCUGGUUCCAGCUCUACAGCCCCGGGGGAGUUGCGUGUGAUGAUGACGGGGAGCUCUUUGCCAGUAUGGUACGUGUCUGCAAUAAUGUUCACAUUUUGAUGGGUUCCUGCUACAAGACAAAGAAGUUCCUGCUUUCGUUGGCUGAGAACAAGCUGGGACCCUGCAUGCUCCUGGCAUUGAGGGGCAGUCAGACCAUGGUGGAGAUCCUGUGCUUGAUGCUGGAAUAUAACAUCAUUGAGAACAAUGACACACAGCUGCAGAUCAUCUCCACGCUGGAGAGCACGGAGGUGGGGAAGAGGAUGUACGAGCAGCUGUGCGACCGCCAGAGAGAACUCAAGGAGCUGCAAAGAAAGGGUGGUCCCACAAGGCUUACUCUGCCAUCCAAGUCAACAGAUGCGGACCUGGCUCGUCUGCUGAGCUCAGGCUCCUUCGGUAACCUGGAGAACCUCAGCCUGGCCUUCACCAACGUCACCAGUGCCUGUGCGGAGCAGCUUAUCAAGCUGCCCUCACUCAAACAGCUCAACCUGUGGUCAACCCAGUUUGGAGAUGCUGGAUUGCGGCUCCUCUCUGAGCACCUUACUUCUCUGCAAGUUCUCAACCUGUGUGAGACCCCAGUCACUGACGCUGGACUUCUUACGCUAAGCUCUAUGAAAAGCUUGUGUAGCCUCAACAUGAAUAGUACUAAGCUGUCUGCUGACACAUACGAAGAUCUCAAGGCCAAGUUGCCUAACCUCAAGGAAGUGGAUGUUCGUUAUACUGAAGCCUGGUAAACUUUCUGCAGAGACGAUGAAAGAAAAAUAAAUCUCUAAAACAAAACCUCUUUUUAGUGAGAUCUGUUCAGCUCAUCUUUUUUGUAGAGCAGGAAGUUUGGGUACUGUGAAAGAAGCCCCCUCUGCCCAGCGUCCCCCUCAUUCCAUGACCCACGUUGUGACUGCCGGCCUAGCUCGGCACCCAUAGGCUUUGCGAUUUGAAACUGAAAGACUUUUUAGCGGUUAGCGGACCAUGUGACGAAAAGGAAAAAACAGAACUGCGGAUUUUAAUCGCCUUUGUGUUUUAAUGAUGCUGUAUGUAUGAAAUGAUUGCAGACUUGAAACAGACUAUUAUUUUUUCUUCAAAUGGCUCUGCUUUUUUCUUUUGCUUUAUAAAAUAAAGACAAAUCCAUACAGAAUGCCAUUGGAAAGAAAAAGACCAUCCACUGACACCGAAUGCUAGCCUCCGUUUCAGAGAGAGGCUUUUGUUUGUUUGUUUGUUUGUUUUGCUUUGUUUUUGUUUUUGUACAUAACGUUAUAUGUAACUUACAUAUUUAAGAGGAUUGUUCACAAUGGUCAGGUCUGGGACCUGAAUUUUAUUUAUAAAUGGUUUAAUUCUUUAAUUCCCUUUAUGUUUGUUUGUUUGUUAGUUUGUUGGCUAUGUAGUACUGUAAAAACUAGCUUGCAGGUAUCCUAACUGGCUAAUUUGUAUUUCUAUUGAAACUUAUGCCCGCAACAACUGCUACAUGUCUUUUUUUUUGGUUAUGGUUUAAAAAUAUAUUAUUAUUAUUAUUAUUAUUAUUAUUAUUAUUAUUAUUAUUAUUAUUAUUAGUAUUAGUAUUAGUAUUAUUAUUAUUGUUAUUGUUAUUAUUAUUAGUAUUAUUAUUGUUAUUAUUACUAUUAGGCCUUUUGUUUGUUUGGCUGGUUGUUUUUUUUUUGUUGUUUUUUUUUUUAUCCCUGUGCCAGACUUGAGAAAUUAAAAAGAAAACUAAUAAAAAAACCCUUGUAUAAAAAAAUAAAUAAAUAAAAGGGUCUCUAAAAGAAGCCCAAACAAAGGGUGCUUUUUAUAAUUUCACAAAGACCAAUGUUGCUUUUGUUUGCAUUUUUAAUCUUUGUUUUAUAUUAUUAGUAUUAUUAUUGUUGUUGUUGUUGUUGCUAUUAUUAUUAUUAUUAUUAUUAUUAUUAUUAUUAUUAUUAUUAUUAUUAUUAUUAUUAUUAUUGGUAAUGUUUUCAGUUCUACACAUACAUUCACUUAAAAAAAAUGUUCUGAUCCAUUUUUAAAGUGCACUGCUGUUUUUUUUUUCUUUGUAGAGCUUUUUUUUUUGCAUGUUAAAGUAGGUUUUAUUUUUUCUUUUAAGAAUGAAAAAAGGGGCAGUAUAUUUCAGGUAGGCAUAACGCAAACUGAAACCUGGUAGAGAAGUGUCAACUGUCCCAUUCUGUCAGGAUUUUAUACAAACGCUACUAAAAGUAAAAAAAACAAAAAAACACACAAAAAAAAAAAAAAACAUUUCAAACCUUUUUCCAUUUGAGCCAGCGAUGUACAGAUAAUCUUUCAUUUGUUUAUUUUAUUAUUUUAGCAUGGUUAUUUCAGUGCUACAUUAUCUCUGAAAACUGAACCUACCACACCCUUUUUUUGCGGUAUUUACUGUGUGAACUGUAAAGAAACGUACACCCAUCAGACAGUGCACUACCCACGGGUAGUUUUAUGCUAUUUGCAUGUAGAGGUCUGUUUUAUGAGGUGGUGACAUGCUGGGGAUUAAGUUAAGCGUGACUCUUAGCCCUAUAAUUGCCAAACCUCUAGCGUGUGCAGGUUUCUGUUUCUAAUAUAUUGUUUCUGUUUAAACGGUGCAACGUUAAUGGAAGCAGUGUGCAAAUAUUGAUGUAUAGGAAAUUAUUUCCAAAAGGAGGGCCGUCUCCUUCUGUUGUUAAAUCUCAUGUCUUGUUGCUAGGUAGAUUAUGCAACCCCCUCUCCACACACACAAACACACAUGACUGUUUUUUUUAUUUAUUUUUUUAUUUUAUUUUAUUUUAAUUGGUUAAGUCUUAAUUUGAUUAGAGUGCCAGGUUUUCUCUGCAUCAAGACUUGAGCUGCAUGACAGUGGAGUAGUGUAAAAUGAAAAAAAUAAUUGCCAACAUUGUUUUCCUCUUCAGCACAGUUGCUUUUACGGUUGGUUUACUGUUCUGUAGCUGUUGUAAAAAAAAAAAGAAAAAAUAUUAAGAUGUGAAAUAAUUUCGAGCAAAAUAAAAUGUAAGUGAGUAUGUUU